AUGGAUCUAACAGGAAGUUUCUUCAGUAAACUGCGAGCCUUAGUGACCACUUUGGAGAGACAGGCUGAGCAGCUGAAGCAAGCUUCUCGUGCAGAUGAAACCGAAUUUGAGGAUGACUCCCCAAUGAGAUAUUUACAUGAACUGUACUCUGAAAUCAGGACACUGAAGGUUGAAGCUGAUAGUGUUCUUAUUAAGAAAUCUGAAGAUCGAGAUGCUACAUAUGACUUCAUAAAGGCCAGCAAAGUUCUGAUGAACAGAAAUGCAGCAGACCUUGGAAAAAUAAGAGACGUUUUUGAGAAAUACGGAUACAAGCCCAUUAUUAGGGAAGCAGCAACAAAAGAUGAAGCUGAAACUGAUCCUGAACCUGCCAAGUCUGAUCAAGAGGAACUGAAAAACCUUGCUUGCCCUGAAGAUUCUUCCAGACCUGAUCCUCUGGUGCGAAUUCCACAACUUUCAGAUUUUGGGCUUUCAAAAUAUGCUCUCCCCAGUACUUGGAACACUGUGAAUAUAUUACAACAAGCCCAUGUACAGAAGGAACAGCCAAGAGAGGAUUAUUCUGGUUGCCCAUCACCCAAGAUAGAACAGUUCUGUAUUAAAGGGCGUGACCUUUCUGUGGACAAUGACACUGUAUAUUUGACAGAAGACCAAACAAUCUUCUUGCUCAAUAAUGCAAAAAAAAAUUACAGUUUUGCCCCAGUCACCUUUAUUCCCAGAUAUUUAAUGGGAUCGGUAGCUAGACAUGCUAAUGGUUUUCACAGCACCCGUGGGAUCUGCUUGAAGCACAAGAUAGAGCUGAGUGUCAUCUGCGUAUUGGUGACCACUCAGCCUACAUCUUCAGAUGACCUCUGCCAGCAGCUUUACACAGAUGCUGAAAAGCAUGGGAAACAAGAUGGUGCCUUGUGGGACUUGGUAGGUUAG